CGUCGUUUCCAAACAACAGAAAUAUCGCCUCGACCGCGGGAACCAACUCUCCGAUCCCCCAAUCCAAACACGAGGCAAUAAAUCCCUUGCUCCUCUCUUCCAUCCCACACCCUUUUCUUCUUCUUCUUCUUCUUUUUUUCUCUCUCGAUAAAUUAGGGUUGCCGUGGGAGCUUCUGGUACUUCCGCUUGUCCUUCUUCUCUGGGGCUAUUUUCUUUCCUACACUUCUUUGGAUUGGGAAGCUUCAUCGAAUAACUAUUGGGAGGCUCAGACGCGAAGGAACCAGAGAGGGGUUGAUCCUCCAAUAAAUUUCGUCGCCGUUGCCGACGGCGUUCGUGCUCCCUUACCGAUUCGGCAUCCGAGACUAGGGGUUUUUCGUAUCUUCGGUGAUAGGCAACGAUGUCUGUAACAGCGGGAGUGAGCGACACGGUUAUAGCGAUCCGGGAUAAACUCCGGGGGAAGAUCGGCCAGACGAAGGUAAAGCGUUAUUGGCCUGGAAGGGCGCCAGAAUGGGCCGACGACGCGGAGGAGGAGGGCGAUAUCCGGACGACCGGAGCAAUCACGCUCGAGAAGGCGUUCCCGCCCCGGGAAGAUGAAGAUAAGGCCAAGGCGAAGGAUGAUGCUCGGCUUCGGCGUCUCGCGGAGAGCCGAAAGGACCGUGAGGAGGCGAUCGCAACGCAUCGCCGGAUUCGUCAGGCUGAGAUCAUCUCGACGCAGGAGGAGGAGAAGAGGGCCCAGGAAGGACUGGAGCAAGAGGAGGAGGAUGAGGACGCACUGGAGGAGCGUCGUCGGCGGAUCCGCGAGAGGUUGCUGCAGCGGCAGAGGGAGGAAGCAGCUGCUGCAGCCGAGGAAGAAUUGGAGGAGGAAGAAGAAGAGGAAGAGGAGGAAGAGGAGUCUGAAUAUGAGACAGAUUCGGAGGAGGAGCAGGCGGGAAUGGCGAUGGUAAAGCCCGUCUUCAUCCCGAAGGCAGAGAGGGACACGAUUGCAGAGCGAGAGCGGCUCGAGGCUGAGGAAAGGGCACUCGAGGAGCUUGCCAAGCGGAGGCUAGGCGAGAGAAAGAUAGAAACAAAGCAGAUAGUAGUGGAGGAGAUCAGGAAGGAGGAGGAAAUCAGGAAGAAUGUAGAGGAAGAGGCCGGAAAUAUUGCCGAUGUUGAUACUGAUGAUGAGGUGAAUGAGGCUGACGAGUAUGAGCAGUGGAAGACGAGGGAGAUUGCAAGAAUCAGGAGAGACCGCGAGGGCCGCGAGGCUUUGCUCAGAGAGAAGGAGGAGGUCGAGAAAGUGAGGAAUAUGACAGAGGAGGAGCGGCGCGAGUGGGAGAGGAAGAACCCGAAGCCUCUUCCUCCGCCGAAACAGAAGUGGAAGUUCAUGCAGAAGUACUACCACAAGGGAGCCUUCUUCCAGUCUGAUGCAGAUGAUCUUACGGGCACUGCUGGAGCACAACAAAUAUACGCGCGUGACUUCUCAGCUCCAACUGGAGAGGACAAGCUCGAUAAGACCAACCUGCCCAAGGUGAUGCAGGUGAAACACUUUGGCCGCAGUGGGAGGACCAAGUGGACCCAUCUUGUUGCAGAGGAUACAACCGAUUGGAACAACCCGUGGAUGGCAAAUGAUCCUCUUCGAGCAAAAUAUAAUGCAAAGAUGGCUGGUAUGAGUGCACCAAUAAGCAAACCGAAAGGAAGCAAGAAAUUGAAGGACUGGGGGUCCCGUUAACGGACAGAUAAGGUGGUUCAAAAGUGGCCACCAUAUGGUUCUGCUUCCUAGUUAGAGCAGCUAUCUCUUGCCCAUCAGGUGUGGUGGUCAUGCUUGUCCACAGUGUCACACUGUAACCGGAGGCUUAUUACUAUUAGCUACAUCACACUUCUGUUCCCCUUGUCCUUGAGCUGUACGGAGCUUCUAGAGGAUAGGUAUUUCCCCUGUAAAUGUAUCUCCAUAACAGAAGCCGGUCCGGCCAAAAGCACCCACUCUUUCAACUCGCUACAGUAGUCUAACUUGAGAUGGAAUAAUAUCCUCCAUAUCUCGUUUCUAAGAAGCCACUUUAGCAUUUCGCCUUGCUCAUUUGACUACUAAGCAGCAGCUGAUGGAUGGUUAGCAAAGUACGAUUGUAUCUUAAGAUGGCAAAGGUCUUUCAGGAUCUGUUCUAUGUCAGCACAUUUAUUAACAAUUUCUUUUAUGACACUUGUGCAAUGUUAACUUUCA